CCUCUGAGAGUGUACGUCCAGGAGCUGAGACCCACCCCCGAGGACAACCUGGAGAUCAUUCUGAGCAAAUGGGAAGACAACAGGUGUGUUGAGAAGAAGGUCUUUGCAGAGAAAACUGAGUGUGCAGCCAAGUUCAACAUCCACUAUCUGGAGGAGAACAAGGCCUUCGUGCUCGACACGGACUACGAGAACUACCUGUUCCUCUGCGUGGAGAACACGGACGCCCCCGAGCAGAGCCUGGUGUGCCAGUACCUGGCCAGGACCCUGAAGGUCGACAACAAGGUCAUGGAGAAAUUCGACGGAGUCCUCAAGACUCUUCCCGUGCAAAUGAGGAUCAUCCUGGACCUGACCCAGGGGAAGGAGCAGUGCCGUGUCUAGGUGACCUCCUGCCUGACCGCCUCCUGGGUGUGCUGCUGUGCCUUUGUCUGUUUUAGUGACCUGCAAAACCCCAUUGCUCCCCUCCCCCACC